CCAAUUUAUUGGUGGAGAUGGUGUUUAGGCCCAAGAAUGAUUCGCUUGUGACCCUGGACAUAGUCCGACGGUGAAGUAGUAACCCAUCCAAACGCGGCCUUACACCGUCCGUUAGCCACCUUUGGUAGUAGUUCCUUCUUCCCAAACUCACUACUCAACUCAACAUUUACCUGCAAAACCCUAACCCCUCUUCUCUCUCAAAUUUCACCGAGGAAAAAUGUCUACCCUAGAAAUCGAAGCUCGAGAUGUGAUCAAGAUUGUGCUUCAAUUUUGUAAAGAAAAUUCGCUGCACCAAACCUUUCAGACGCUCCAGAGCGAGUGCCAGGUAUCUUUGAACACUGUGGAUAGCGUUGAGACGUUUGUCGCCGACAUAAACAGUGGGAGAUGGGACGCAAUUCUGCCUCAAGUUUCUCAACUUAAACUUCCUAGGAAUAAAUUGGAAGAUUUGUAUGAGCAGAUUGUGUUGGAAAUGAUUGAACUUCGAGAAUUGGAUACUGCUCGUGCUAUCUUAAGACAAACUCAGGUGAUGGGUGUGAUGAAGCAAGAACAAUCGGAGAGAUACUUGCGGCUCGAGCAUCUCCUGGUCAGAACUUAUUUCGAUCCGAACGAGGCUUAUCAAGAAUCAACAAAAGAGAAACGCCGUGCACAAAUUGCUCAAGCACUUGCAGCAGAAGUUACUGUAGUGCCGCCUUCAAGAUUAAUGGCUUUAAUUGGUCAGGCCCUUAAGUGGCAACAACACCAAGGAUUACUUCCUCCAGGCACACAAUUCGACUUAUUUAGAGGAACAGCUGCUAUGAAACAAGAUGUCGAUGACAUGUUUCCAUCAACUCUUGCACAUACAAUAAAGUUUGGGACAAAAAGUCAUGCAGAGUGUGCGCGUUUCUCACCAGACGGACAGUUUCUUGUGUCCUCUUCUGUUGAUGGAUUUAUUGAGGUCUGGGAUUAUAUUAGUGGGAAACUGAAGAAGGAUCUACAGUACCAGGCUGAUGAAGCUUUCAUGAUGCAUGAUGAUCCAGUUCUCUGUGUUGAUUUUAGUAGAGAUUCGGAGAUGCUUGCAUCUGGAUCACAAGAUGGGAAGAUCAAAGUUUGGCGUAUAAGGACUGGUCAGUGUUUGCGCCGCCUUGAACGUGCACAUUCUCAGGGUGUCACAAGUGUUUCCUUCUUUCGAGAUGGAAGCCAAUUACUAAGUACAUCAUUUGACAGCACUGCAAGGAUCCAUGGCCUAAAAUCUGGGAAGUUGUUAAAAGAAUUUCGUGGUCACACAUCUUACGUAAACGAUGCAAUCUUUACAAAUGAUGGUGCUCGUGUUAUUACUGCAUCUAGUGAUUGCACGGUCAAGGUCUGGGAUGUGAAGACAACGGACUGUCUGCAGACAUUUAAGCCACCACCUCCUCUAAGGGGAGGUGAUGCCUCUGUGAACUCUGUUCAUCUUUUCCCAAAGAAUACAGAUCAUAUUGUUGUAUGCAACAAGACAUCGUCUAUAUACAUCAUGACACUUCAAGGACAGGUUGUGAAGAGCUUUUCAUCGGGUAAAAGAGAGGGUGGAGACUUUGUGGCAGCGUGUGUGUCACCAAAAGGGGAAUGGAUUUAUUGUGUUGGUGAAGACAGGAAUAUAUACUGCUUCAGCUACCAGUCUGGUAAACUAGAGCAUCUAAUGAAGGUCCAUGAUAAGGACGUAAUUGGCGUUACUCAUCAUCCUCAUAGAAAUCUUGUUGCUACAUAUAGUGAAGACUGCACCAUGAAAUUAUGGAAGCCUUGAAUCUCCUUUAUAUUGACCGCACUUCAAGUUCAAUCUUGUUAUGUGAUGCAACUAUUAUCUUCUGAUAAUAGAGAAUUUUUAUGUAUAUGUAGAUGUAUAUUUACAGUUUAAUUUAAUGCUUUUUGCUAAUUGCUAUUGACCAAGUGUGAUCAAAUUUCUUAGUGGGAGAGCUGGGAUUGUCCAUAGGCGGAUUGGUAUUUUUCCUUUGAUAUUUACUUUUUCAAAUUAAAAUGUAGCUUUGGCUGUAUUUUUCUGCUGAUUCGAGAACAAGUCCAGAUUGUGUAGCAUGUUUUAAGUUUGAAGCGCCUCACCUGGGUCGGUCCAAAAG